AUGCCGACGGAUGGUCCGUCGUCGAGUUCGGAACCGCCAAUUUUCCCGCCUUCCUCGCGGCCGUUUUCCCCGUGGCACGAUUUCCCCUUACACUCAAAGCACGGGUUUUAUCAUGUUCUCUGCCUCACGCCGCGCGGCUCCGCCGCGCGCAUCGAGAUUUCCGCGGAUGAGGAUUUCGACCCGCUUCGCCCCGUGGCUUGCGCGACCGGUGGCGGCGGCUGCGGCGGAAGCGACGGUAGCAAGCUCGCGCCAGCACGAUUUGCGGCGGAAGCGCCGUGGAACCUGGGGAUUGCGCCGCAGACAUGGCAGGAUCCCGAGUCGCCAGGCUACAACAGUGGUGGCGGAAGCGGAAGCGGGAGGGAGUAUUGGGGAGCGAAAAUUCCGCUGAGCGGGACUCCCGUGGAGGUUAUUGAAAUCGGUGCGCAGCAGGGGGAGACAGGGCAGCUCUACGCGGUAAAGCCGCUCAGCGCAAUUGCCGUAGUAGCCGAGUCCUGCGACGCGUUCGCGAAGUCGACGACGCCGCACGAGCUUGUGCCACCGUCGCACUGUUCCAACUUGGAAUUACCUGGGCGACGUCGCGUGGUGUCGUGGACGAUUCUGGCGAUAUCGCUAACCGACCCGCGGUCGCACAUAGUGAAUGACGUGGCAGACCUCGCGUGGGAGAUGCCUGGAGAGUUGGAGCGAAUCAAACUGUGGGUGAAAACGUGUUGCGGUGUACCUGCUUCAAAAAAUGGUGGAAGUAACAAAUAUGUAACUUCGAGCGGGGAGGAGGCUGGUUACCAGCGGCGAUGGUUGGCGUUUGACGAACGGGCAUGGGGUCGCGAACGCGCGAUUGAGGAGCUGACCAUCGCCCACCAAUCGUGGCAAAUCAUGCACGACGAGCUUCCAGCCCCUGCUCCGUUAGUGCACGUUGAUUUUCCGAACCUUGGAGCCUCGGGUUCUCCGGACGCGCCUGGGAAGAAUCUCGAUAGAGUCAGUUUCACGAGCGGUGUACAGUGCACUGAACUGUACAGAGACGAAAAUUCCAGAAUAACAGAUGAUGGUAGUGAAGAUGGAAGCACCAGCGCCAAGAGUGGAGCUUUGCCAACACCAGGGGCACUGGAGAGACUAUGGGCGCCUGUAUUCGAAAAAUAUAAGUACGAAAGCAGCCGAUUCUUUAGUAAUGGCGAGGGUGAUUUUUGUUUUAUAGCGACGAUGCGAAAGAUGGCCAAGUAUUGGUGGAAGACAGGAAUGGGACUAUAG